GUGUUUGGGUGGAUUUUACACUUGGUUUGAUGUUUCAGGUGGUUUUGGGAACACAAUUUGGAGCCUUGGGGGUGAUUUGGAAGUUUAGAGAUUUUGCUAAAUUUUUGAUGGACUUUUGCUGCAGCAUUUCUGUGAAGCACAACAGGAAUUUUCGUUCAUGUGGAGAACUUCCGCCGCUCGCAAGAUUUUUCUAGCAAAAUUUUAGCAAAAGUAAUACAUGUUCAAAGAGCACUCAGCAAGAUUUUUGCUGAACUUUUGUGGAAAUUUUGCUACAGCAGGCGUAAUAUCACUCACAUUACGAGAGGAAAGAUAUUUUCGAGCUUAUUAUUGUGAGAUUGAGCCAUGGCAAUCACCAAAUCCAAAUCGCGUAAGCGUAAAGCUCCGGCCAGCACAUCACCCACACCUCCACCACAACAACCAACACUUGCCUUGCCUUCCUCCGCCACACACUCACCACCCCGUACUCGUCCCCGUAAGGCCUCCUCACCUAAACCCAAAGCUCCACCCGCCAAAGCCGCUCCCUCAACCUCCAAGGGCCAACCCAAGCCUAAGCGCACCACUUCCACAUUUCCACCACCUAAACAGAACCCCACUACUCGUCCUAGAGCCAAAGCCGACCCCGUCCGUCAUCAAGAGCGGUUUGAGAUAUUACGAACCCGCAGCCAGUUGGCCGAGCGCGGCUUUCUCCCUGCCUCGGAAGCUUUACCUGCAUAUAUUACCAAUUUGAUUGCGGAGCACAAGUGGGAGAAAUUUUGUGCAAUUCCUAAGCCCGCUGUGGCCUCGGUUGCCCCUGCAUUUUAUGCUGCUCUUGAUCCAAAAUAUCCUGAUGUCGUUAGAGUGAGGGGUCAGAGUGUCCCCUUUUCUCCUGAUGUGAUUAACGACUUAUAUGGAUUGAGAGCUCCGCUUGAGGAUGAGUUUGCUCUUUGGAGGAUUAACCCAGCUUCUAUUCCAUAUGACGCCGUGCUUCGUGCUGUUGCUCACCCGGGUUCUGAAUGGUCUAUCUCGUCUUCCGGCCACCGCACCUUGUUACACUCAUCUCUACGGCCUGAAGCGAGUGUUUGGCUUGCUUUUAUUAAGUGCUCUUUGAUGCCCACAACACAUGACACCACAGUGAGCCAAACACGCCUCUGUUUAUUGUAUUGCAUCCUGGCAGGCAAGAAAAUAAAUGUGGGCAAGAUCAUUUAUGAGGAAAUUUGGAAGUGUUUUCAGAAAAAAGGCGGCAAGUUAUUUUUCCCCGCUCUCAUCACUCAGAUUUGCCUAGCGGGUAAUGCCGCUAUUGGGGACGAUGAAGAACUUCUAAGAGAGCGAAUCAGCAUUGAUUUGGUCUCGAUUCAGCGUGUUGCCACUCAUUGCACACCCUCGACUGCUCCUCCCAAACGUCACCAGCCAUCUAGCAGUCAGACGACUUCCGCCAAUCUUCCUCGCACUCAGCACGAACAAAUCAUGGAUCGCCUAGCACACCUUGAGGAGAAGCAACUUACCUACUUUCGCUAUGUUCAGGCGUGUGACACUGCAUUAGCAAAAUCUCUAAAGCGAAUGGCGCCAAGGCCGAUAGUUGACUUCCCAGUGUUCCCACAAGAAGUGUUUGCUCGAUGGGCUGAUCCAGAAGCUCCGGAAGACUCUAGCGCUUCAGAGGAUGACCCCGAGGGAUAGACAGAGGGAGUACUUUUUUCUUUCAGCUUCAGUAUUUAUUUUGCACUUGUCUUUUCUAUUUGUGUUCUUGUUUUUUCUGUUAUAGUUGUUGUUGUUUGUCUUGUUGUCUUAUGUUCGGGUGGUAUCUUGUCUUUGUUAGUGUUGCCUAGGGGGGCUCGAUGACGAUGUCGUGUUUCCACUUAGUUCUUGAAACUGAAUGUUUUUCUUUUUGAGUUUUAAGCUGCCUUUUUUAAGUUAACAUGUUGGUUUCCCUUCGUUGUUGAAAGUUUGCCUCUCUUGAUUGUGCUCAUAGCUUGACUAAAUGGUUUGUGUCACUAAUUAGUUUGAACUAAACCUUUGUGAGAGUUUAAGUCUCUAGAAUUACUUAGCAAUUUUUCCUUGAGGCGAAAUCCUAGACAUCCCUACCCCGAGGAAGUGAUAUAGGCCAUGUUUGGAACGUUUGAACCUUGAAGCCUACCCUUGAAUAUUUUAUCCCUAGUUUUUCCCCUUUGAGCUUGAUAUUCACAUUUUCUUUUCUUCGCCACUACAUAGCCUAGCUAGACAUAACUUCUCUUUUUCACCUCACCCCAAGACGCAUUGGUCUUUAUAAGAUACUAAUUUUUAUUGCAUAUUUGGGAGUUGUGGGGAGGGUAGUGAGUGAGUGUCAAUUGGGUGAGUAUUUGCCAAUUUUCUUUUUCUCUUUUUCUAAACAUUGAGGACAAUGUUGUUCUUUAAGUUUGGGGGGGGGGGGGAGUGGUUCUCACCUUUAUUGUUAUCUUGCCAUCUAGCUAGUUUAUGUCAUCUCUAUUUAGUUUAUAUAAGUUUAUUAUUCAAAAA